ACGGAACGGAGUUCCAAAUGCUGGAUCCGAAAAAGUUUCUUUUCAAAACCAAUGGCUACCGCGUGACUGGUUAGCUGCCUGUCGUCGACAACGCUUUUAUGCUCAGCAUACCUUUGGUCCAAUUCAACAGCCCGACGGACCAACUCGCAGCUUUCGUUAUGCGAUACAGGGAAGAGUUCGCGAGGCUGCCUGAUGCCCAGCAAGUUGACCGUGUUUUCGUGCCGAUUGACGCCCCGUCCUCGUCGGCUGCGGGGCCCAAACGGCGCCAAGAUCAGCCGGCCAGAGCGGGUGGAAAGAGGAAGCAAUUGUCGACUGCCCCGUCUUCGUCGGCUGCGGUUGUCCAGGCUCUGCCCGCUCCGGUUCCGCCCUCGCAUCGGCAAGGUCGCGAUGCGGCCGAGCAGUCCAGCGAGGCCACACACUACGACGACGGAGCUGUGCGCUAUCGAGCUGGUCCCCAGCAUCGUUCCCGAGGAGGUGCAGGUGCCUUCGAUGACGAGGAAUGCGAGGGCCAAGAUGCGGAGGGCGGUGGUUGGGAUGGGGAGGGCAGUGGUGAGGAGGGGGAGGGCGGUGGUGAGGAGGAGGAGGGCGGUGGUGUGGCGGACGAUAGUAACGAAGGAGAUGUUGAAGGUGAGGACGAUGGGAUGGACGAGGAGAGAGACGAUGUUGGUGAGGAAGUCGAAGACAAUCGCUCCUCCCAAUUGCACCGUGGCCACCACAACGAAUCGCAGGGGCGUCGUGAGGAUGACGCCUGCCGCGUCGGUGACACGAUCGAUGCUGGUGGCCAGCCUGCAGCCUCCCGCAGAAUGUCGCAGUCCUAUGACCAGACGAAGGAUGGGAGAAACGAACCUGGGUCACGGGGAAAGCGAAAGAGGGGAGAGGCAUCGACCUCUCCUGCAAGUCGAACAAAACAGGCGAGGGCCGAUGCCGUCAAUGAAGCUCACAGAGCGUUGACGACACCACAGGAAGCGCGGGCUCCUCGGAAAACUGGUGGGGGGGGGCGAAGUGGCAGCCGCGGGGGUGGUCGCGGCGGCGGCAUCGAGAGUGCCAUAGAAAGCUCCAUCAGUGCUGACCCGGGGGUGUGGGAUAGACCUGAGCUCGUUUUUGCGCCGGUUGACCCCAACGUCAUCGUCGGGGGGCAGGGAAGACGAAUCACGCCGGAUGAGUUCUUCCAAAGAGAUUUUGCAGAGUUCGACUGGUACGCUGUCUGCGGUCAGCAUACUGCCGAGGCCAUGAAACGGUUGGUUGGAAAGGACUCCCCCGCGGUCAAAGUCUACGGCCUCCGCACGUACUCUAAAGUGCGAGUCGUCUUUUUCGAUGAUGACCAUACACACGGGUACUUCAAUGUCUCCCUCUUCGACAACACAUGGGAGAAUCGUGCCAUGAUGUUAUCCUUCCAGGACGCUGUGUGUGAUAUGCGGCAAUGGUGGAUCGAUAACAACAGGAUCGAGGCACCCAAAGCUAAGCUUCCAAUCGGCGACGGCAAGAUCCCACUUGAGAUGCCGGGAAGGAUGGAGGGGCGCCUGCCCGGCCCGUACAUUGACGAGAACAAGGGACAAUGGACUUUGUACCACUGCAUAUAUGCGAGAGAUGGUCCCAAGGGCUCCACCGUGUCCUGGAAGGAUUUGUGUCCUACGUACUUCAAGAACUUUGGGGACAUGACAUGCCGCGAGAGAGAAGUCGCGCUACUCCUGCUCAUGUCGGGGAAAGUGGUGGCAACAAAAGUGAGAGUCAUGCCUCCGAGGGUAAACACAGAGUGCCUUCUCGACAUUAUGCGCAAGGAGAGAUACAUGGUCCACAUGUUCAACUACGUCGUGUUUCGUGCCAAGGGAAGGGCAGGGGACGAAUGGAACGACGACUUCUUCAUGUCGUACAAGGACCUGGAAGAGAGGUAUGCUUCAAACGGGUUAUGCGCAGAUGAAUGGGAGAAGCAACGGGAGAAGCUGCAUAGCAACUUAGUGAAAACGAUCCCUCGGCGACUUGGAGGAGUGGAGGAGGCGAGGCAAGUGGAGGUGAAACGGAUCGCCUCCAGUGCAUGCCAUCUUGUGUGGGACAAACUCGGCAGGCAGACCACAUUGCUCACUGUAUGCAUGCGGUCAAAGGAGGUUAUGGUGGCGCCCGUCGACAUCGUCGCAGCCGCACAAAAAAUGGCAUGCAGGGCCGCCAUCGUGGACAUCUCGGCCAUGAAUUUCAGCAGUGCAUGGACCUCGCAGGACUUCGAUGCACUGUACGCAAUGAUGGCGAAGUGUUGUGGUCCAAAUUGGGUCCUCUUCUUCUUUGCACCGCAGAAUGUGCAAAGCGAUGUCUUGAGUCAAUUGUACCGUUGGGAGGACAUCGAGCUCAUCCCCGGGUCAUGGAAACGCGUGGACAGGCCGCCGAGCGACGUCACAAGGUACGGCAACAUCGCUACGAGCAGUCGGGACCUGAUGACGAUCUUGUUGCAAGCUGAAGGAGGGGAUCUGAAAAAAGUAACUGUUGCACCCCGACUCCACAACGAUCUCACCGAAGUGCAUGUUGUGGAGAAAAAGUUCGGGAAGUGUCUCGAAAAACACGGUGGCGUCGAAGACGACGAAAGUGCCGCAUAUUCAAUUUGGGAGCGAGAACCUGACAAGUUGCGGAAGUUGUGCGGUUCAUUCGUACGAGAGGCGGAAGGUGUGCUUUUACUGGGUAAUAAUGUCAUUGCCUGUGAUGAGUCGGCCAAAAACAUUGCAUACUUGACAAAGUUCGUCGACAUACUUGUUAAGGAUGGGAGAUUCGAGUGCCGCCUCGAGAAGCCGUGUGCCACACAUCGCACGAACAGGGAUAUGUACCACAAGUUGGGACCGAAAAGACUGAAGGUGUGGGAAUACCUGUUCCGCGAUGCGCCGGAUGGAUGCCUUGAUUGGGGAUACAUAUAUAGGAAAGCCAAGGUGACCGAGGCCCUCAAACAUUAUCAUGGUGCUCUAACUGGCGCCUUCGAGACAUUCGUUGCUCGAUGCGAGAUCUUGAGGUUUGAUCUUCACAAAGAUAAACUGACGUUUAAGGACUAUGCAGACCUCGCUAAAUUGGGUGAAGGCUUUAACCCCGUUGACAGCGAGGAAGACUCGUCGGACUCCGACCUCGAGAUCGAAAAGGACACCAAUGCAACCGGGUGGUGUGGGAAGUCCGCUGCCAUGGAGCACAGCGUCAAGGGAUAUGGAYCGGGUCAAUCAGAGGGAUGCUCGAACCUGCCACCCGCRAACAGUGUGGCCUCGGGUGUGGACCGGGUUGUAUGUACGCCUGUGGAAGACGACGAAGACGAUGACCUUGAUAUUCCUGCUCAGCCAACGAAGCUGGCGCCAGGCGAUCCGAUUCCUCCCAGAUUUUGUGCGGAUGCAAACAAUGUGUAUUUCUUGGAUGACAAAUACGCCUGCACUAGUGAGGACAAGUGGGGCCAUGAUAUCAUUUGUCAUGACGACAUUUUUGAGCUAUGUAUCCAAGGCGGGGAGUGGAAAAUGGYGGUGAAGUAUGUCUCGAARSGUUGGAGACCGUUUCCCCRCAUGGGAAAGGACAACUGGYUGAAGAYGAMRGAGCAAUCAAUACUAUACCGYUGUCRGAAAGAGAACCCCRGGGAGAGURMAAYAUCCAUCGCGGCAAAGGCGAAACAAUUGUUYGACGCCUUGGGAGCCACUCGGCAGUUAGAGUAUUCACACAAGUUUUACGAGCGGAAGUCGAGCCCCUCGUACGGCAAGAUUGACURGAAGGUUGRGCGCGCCRCCGCGYUCRAGAGCAUGKACGUGGACUCCYGAGAAGAUGYCGCCCCUGUGCCYGAGGCGGCCACAGGGAACACGAUGGGUGAAYAAAGGGAAGAUGGCGGGAMGACGUUCGGCGUGAAGCCUCCGUUGCCAGAGGCGGGSAACACGCCCGCAGGCAAAAACACCAUCGGAGCCAUCUCUGUCGCAACGGGGGAUACAUCACAAGGUGAAAAAGUGUCACUCGACAAGCCGGCGGAUGCGGGCGCCACACACGAGAGUCUCCUCGCGACAGGUGCGGCGCUGGCAGGCACAUCGGAGAUGGUGUCAGCGUCCACUGCUGGGAUGGGCGUCACGGGGAUGUCGUUGCAUCCGCCCACAUGCACUAGCAAAGGUGACGCACACUGUACAACAACACCACAGGGAGGGGUCACAGGGGAUGACGGGAAUGGGGGAAAUGCAGGGGGGUCUCCACGUUCUCGCAAUAUUGAGGACAUGACGACAAACGAUGAGGAUGGGGUAGAAGGCGGAAAGGGCGUGAGCGAUCCCACGCGUGCCGAAAAUGAGGGGUGAGACAGGGAAUGAACUUGAGGGGAAUCC